CAGAGGGAAGAAGCAGCAGCAGCAGCAGAAGAAGAAGAAGAAGAAGAAGAAGAAGCAGAGCGGCUUCAGACCGACAGCAGAGCUCGGAGGAGGAGGAGGAAUGGGCUGCAGCCAAAGCAAGAAGAAAAGCAAAGGCAAGAAGGGAGAGAAGAACCAGAACGACAACAGCUGCCGAGAUGAAGGAGGUAAACGGGCGUCAGGUGAGCAGGACGUCUGUCUGGAGAAGCAGCUGGAGCGGUUUGAGUGGCAGCUGAGGACUUUAAAGGAAGUGCUCUCUGCCAACGGGAACCCCGAGAGGGCGGAGCUACUGAAAGACCACGCCGAUGAAGACGUGUGCGCCCUGGUCCUGGGCAUCCUCGAUAAGGUGAAAACAGAGACGACUGCUGACUUGAACGUGCUGCACGAGCAGAAAAGUAAAGCUGCUACUGAAGAACAUGAGAGAAACCUGGAAGAGCUGCAGAAGAGACACGAGCAGGAGAAAACACAGCUUGCAGAAAAGUUUGAGGCUGCUGAGAACGUCCUGAAGGGCAACGUGGAGGAGCUGACAGCAGAGCUGCAGGUUUUCAACGAGCUGAAGAGGAGGGUCGAAGAAUCGACGUUUAAGAAGGACCUGCAGAGAAAUAUUCAGGCCCAUGGCAGCCCAGGUGCAUUCUGGGAGUCUGAACAGGAGUCUCUGCUGUUUGUAAUUGAGAUGAAGAGUGAGCGUGUGCGGGAGCAGAGCAGGAAGCUGCAGCAGAUGGACGCUCUGGUGGAAAAGAAUUUGGCUUUGGAGGAUCAGAUCAUCCACACCCUGCAGCAGAACGAGGAUCUGAGAGUCCGGAUGGACAACUGUCAGGCUCUGAUUCAGCAGUUAUCAAAGGAGCAGCAGGACCUGAAGGUGGCGCUGGAGAGGCAGGCAGCAGUCAGCCAGAAGCUUUCUCAGGAAAAAGAGCAGCUGAUGUUCAAACUGAGACACAGAGACUCGUGUCCGACCAUCCUGCUGCCCACCAUGGUGCAGGAGCUCGCACCCAGAUGAUCACACCAGCCUGAACGUGGACCCGGUGUCGCUCGACGUAGAUAGAAACCAGACUCUGUGUUUGACUGCGCGGCUGCCCGUAAUCGUUCACAAGGUAACAUGCAGUCGACCUGGUUUACCGCUCAGUAACAGGGCGACAGCUGCUCGUCCUGACGGAGAGCAAGGAGCAGCAUAGCCACAAGUUUCCAAGCUGGAUCCGGUCUACAUCGAUGCAGAACUAUCCCUUUUGAACUGCCACUCCACUGCUAAAUGUUUGCAGAACUUCAACCUUAUUCUGGACCCGCUGCAGUCCCUGAAGUAUCACUGCUCUGCUGACUUAAAGCUGCGUCCUGUGUGUCCAUACUGCGUCGAGCCUCUGACUGUCCCGCGUUAAAAUGAGGCCUCGAUGAUCUGUUGUGUUUACGUUUAAGUGUGUUCUUUUCAGAUGAGGAGGAUCCGUUUGCUCACAGAUCGCUGUACGUCACAACGGUUCAUUGUUUCGGAAAAGCUGCAACUGAGAGGCCGCUCUUCAGUUCAAACUGCACGGUGCAACACAAAUAAUACAACGGAUUUCACCCUUUCUUAUAGCUUCCUCCAUCUGACCUGGCUCUCUGUCAUCUGAGUUCAAGUCGAACUCUACAGUGUUUUAUUUACUUCACAUUUACGCAGACUUACUUUGCCUCCUUGAACAGAUUUUUGUAACUUGCUGGUGUGACGGAGCCUUAGCACCUUACAGCUCUACCUGUUCGCUGAAGUGCCUGAUCAUGUUGACAUAAAGCUGUACCUUCUGAUUUUCUGGCUCCCAAGCUAGCAUACAUGUGACAUGAGUUACCUCAAAAAAACCCUGAGCGUUCAGUCUGGAUUCUUCACUCUCACGACCUGCUGUCUGAUGAGGUUUAAACACAGAAAGGGGGAGGCAAAGCUGCUGGAUGGAGGGAGCCACAGGAUAUGAAGGAUGAGACGGCUCACAUUUGUGUGACUGGUUUGGCUGAAGUGCAGUCAGACCUGAACCCUCAGCUCCAGUCCUGACCUGAGACAGACUCACCCGGGAGUUUCCAUCUGUGAAGAAGACGUUUGACCUCAAAGCAGCGGCAGAAACUCUUUCAGAGAGCGCAGGUGGCCAGAAAAUGGAUGUAAACCUAUCAACACUAAAACUAAACUAAGCCGGACCCCAACACUCCCACAGCAGGUUUAAACUUCAUCUACUGUGAUAUUUUUAUCUAGUCCUGUUAAAACCUGAUGCCAAAUGUUUUCUUUUACUGUGUUUACUCCUUUAGCUUUUACUCGUUUCCUGUUAGCGUGCCUUGCUUUAGGUUUCCUAAACUCACGCACAAACGCCUGAUGUGAUUGGUUGCUUUUUUUAAUGCAGACCUCUGUACGUCGCUACUGUCUGGGAGGGGGGGGGAGACGCCACGCAGGAGAAAGGAAACCCACGUUGAGCCCUGGUUAUUUUGUUGUUGUUUUUUUGUGUUUUAUGAGCCUCAGAAUCAAAGUGUUCCUAACAGACAACGGACUGUUUUAGUUUUAUUCCGUAAAAAAUGACAUUUGCUAAAUUAAUCUUAGUGUUUGAGCACGCUAACAUCUCCGCUCAAGGGGUGCCGAGAUCAGCUGGUCCAGAGCGAAACCUCAUGAUAACUCGUGGAUCUGGGUUUUCUUUAAAUGUGUUCCUAAACAGUUUCUUGCUCCACAGGAGAUGAAUCCUCAGGGUUUUGUCGCUACAAGCAGGUUUUUAUCGCCAAAAUCUUUUGUGCGUACCUCUGGAACAAAUGAGUCCCUGUGAGCUUAAUGCUCAAAUGCUAACGUCAAAACUUGCUUUGUCAUCAUACACGGUGGAAACAUGUUACAUGCUAACUGUUAGAACAUAAACAUGGAACAAAAAAAAACUCAUCCAUACACCUUCGCAAAAUACCUGUAGGUGGCACUGGGCAUUGGUGGUGUAGUUAACUCUUGGGGGCUAGUUAGCAGGCUACUGUGGCUAACUAGUUAUGUGCUAGUUAGCCGGUAACAUGCUGGCACUGUUGAGUCGACAUAGUGCAUAAAGAUAGACAGACAAACUAAACAGACAUGGACAAACCGUCGUUGCACCAUGAAGUCUUGCUGAUUACUGGUCAUACUCCACCAAAGCUAAUGCUCCGCCUUCUGUUCCCUCGAAGGUCAGCACUGCUCGGUUAGUUGCUCUUCAAGUUUUCUUGAUCACCUGAUUUUUCAUUUCUUUACAAGCUGAUACUUUAGCACAUACCUCUGGAUCACACGACAGAGUCCCUGUGAGAAGUCCUGUACUUUGAGAUUAAUGCUAAAGUCAGAAAUCUAACUUGCAGUGUUAUCAUACACACUGGAAACACGUUCAAUGCUAACUGUUAGUAUAUUAACGUGGCAAAAAAAGAUACAGGAAUUCACCCUCGCAAAAUACCUGUAGGUGUGACUGGGGUUUGGUUAACUCUGGUGGGCUAGCUAGAGCUAACUAGUUAUGUGCUGGUUAGCCGGUUAGCACGAUCGAGCCAAAAUAGCUCACAAAGUUAGCUCGGUCGCUACAAGUUAGCUAAAUAAAACUUGACCAGACAAACAUACAUGGACAAACUGAAUUUGUUACAUGAACUUGUGUGAUAACUCCACCAGAGCAGAGUUGUAUAAAACGAUAUGACGCGACUCAGCUAAUGUGCUAGCUUCCGCCAUUUUGGACCGAUUAGCUCUCUGUUCCGUUGAAGGUCAGCACUGCUCAAACAGUCAGAUACUAACUACAGUGCAACAGGUGUGUUUAAUAUCAUAGGUGUUUCCUUUGUCUAAAGUCUAAAGCAUAUUUUAACUUUUACAACGAUCACUGUAAACAACUUGCCUUUAAAAAGCUUGAUAAGUGUCCGUUUGCUAAAUGUCGUGUUACUUAUAAAGAUGUGAAAAGUAUUUUGCCAUGUUGUCAUUUCAGUAAUUGUUUUUUUUGUUUUGUUAACACGGUGAUGGAUUUUUUGGGAUGUGACCUUUUUUUUGUUUGUCAGUGUUUUGACAACUCUUUCUCCUUAUGCACGAGCACUUUGACCAGUAUUUUACCAGGAGUUUGUAUAAGAGAGAGUUUUCCAUGUUGUAUAGUUUUUUGAAUUUUCUCGGCUUUUUACGUGUAGAAACUUAUUUCUUCUUUUUUUUUCUUGGAUGGAUUUAAGUCCAACAGUUUGUUUUUUCCUUUUGGCUUGACUAAAUAAAAAAAGCUGCAA